AUGCCAAAGAAGGCGACAAUAUCAUUCGCGGAUCUCGGCCUCGGGACCCCGCUGCCCAGUGUUCUGGCGAAGUCCCGCGACGAGCGACGAAAGGAGCAGCGAAUCAAGAAAGAGGAGAGGAAAGAGCGCACACGCGAGGCUAUGGCCGAGAUAGCGGCGGCGCGUGACAUUGUGGAGCAGCACAAGCGCCUUGUCGAAGCGGAGGCGGCGCAGGAGCGAAAGCUCAAAGAGAUGCAUAAACGUGAGCUGCGAGUGGAGCAUCUAAAGGCGCGCUGUGAGCGCGAGGAAAGCCACAGGCAACACACCGCGCAGCUGCACGUGACACAGAAGAAGAUCAUCACCGAGUUGAUGACGGCGCGGCGGGAGGAGGAGGCUGAGAUGCAGCGGGUGCAGGCGCUGCUAGAGCGUGAGACGGCAGAGAGGGCAAAGGCUGCACCGGCCAAUGUCCACAUUGAGAUUCACCGCACAGAAGAGGUGAAGCAGCAGCGUGCUGGUCUGCCUGUUCUGCGUGAGGAGCAGCCGAUCAUGGAGGCCAUCAGCGAAACGCGCCGCACGUGCGUGUUGGUGUGUGGCGAGACGGGCAGCGGCAAGACAACCCAAAUUCCGCAGUUUCUGUGGGAGGCGGGAUACGGCCACCCAGAGGGCCACCCCUUCGGGAGGGAGGGCUGCAUACUUGUCACGGAGCCCCGUCGUGUGGCUGCAGUGUCGAUGGCGCAGCGUGUGGCCGAGGAGCUCAACGUUUCCUUCGGGAAAGAGGUGUGCUACCACGUCCGGUACGAUAACAACCUCUCUGACAAGUGCAGGCUGAAGUUUGCGACGGAGGGUAUUGUGCUGAAGGAAAUCCAGUCCGACUUUCUUCUUCGCAAGUACAGCGUCAUCGUGAUUGAUGAAGCACACGAGCGCAGUAUCUCGUGUGACAUCCUGAUUGGGCUGCUUUCUCGCGUUGUGCCGCUGCGCAAUGACCUCUUUGAAGAGGAGCUGCGCAAGCAUCACGGUGACGUCGACAAGACGAGCAUUAAACCACUCAAGCUUGUCAUCAUGUCUGCCACCAUGCGUGUUACAGACUUCAAGGAUAACCGGACACUUUUUCCCAUUACACCGCCGCUCAUCAGCAUCGAGGCGCGCCGAUACCCUGUCACGAACCACUUUGCCCGACGCACGGAGCUGAAGGAGUACGUGGACCAGGCGUUCAACAAGGUACGCCAGAUGCACAAGAAGCUGCCGCCAGGUGGCAUUUUGGUGUUUGUGUGCACCCAGCAGGAGAUCGAGGAUCUGUGUGGCCGUCUGCGUCGGCACUACGCGGCGACAAAGAUCGAGUACUACGACAACGCCUACUCAAAGCACCGGCUUCUGACCGGACGGAGCCAGGAGGAGACGGCUGCGGCGUCAAGCGACAGCGAAGGCGACGGCGCUGCCACCGUAGAGGAGUCGGAAGAAAAGGACGAGUACGGCCUUCACACGACAGACUACGCCCUCGACGACGAGAACGUGACGGGCGGCAACUCGGAGGAGAUCGAAACGGUGCAGGAGGGACGGCUGCGGCGGCCUCCCCAGCCAAGCGGCGGAAGGGGCAAGCACCCCCGCGGCGAGGCUGGUGCGCGGCUAGCCGGCAGGAAUCACUGGGGCCGUAGCGACGAGCACAGUGCCGUUGCCGCAGAGGGGUUAACGAUUUUUCCAGGCGACGAGGAGCAGGAGGAAGAGGUCAACGGGGAGUUUAACACCCUCCACGUCCUCCCGCUUUACGCGCUUCUAGACUUUCAAAAGCAGCAAGAGGUUUUCAAGCCACCGCCUAAAGGCACGCGUCUCUGCGUUGUCGCCACCAACGUGGCCGAGACGUCCAUCACGAUUCCAAAUAUCAAGUAUGUGGUGGAUGCUGGGCGGGCUAAGUCCAAGGUGAUCGACGAGGAGACGAAGGCGAGCUGCUUCCGAAUCGAGUGGACAAGCCAGGCUUCCGCUGAGCAGCGCAGCGGCCGCGCAGGUCGUGUGGGGCCGGGGCACUGCUACCGACUCUACAGCACCGCAGUGUACGCAAACUUGAUGGCGAAGCACGGAGACCCGGAAGUGCUUCGCACCCCGCUCGAUUCCGUCGUUCUUCUAAUGAAGCACAUUGGGGUGAAGAACGUCGGCGGCUUUCCCUUUCCGUCGCCUCCGCGGGAGUCGGACUUGAAGGCUGCCCUGCAGCACCUCAGUGUCAUUGGCGCCCUCGACGCAGCGAAUAACUAUAACAUUACCGAGCUGGGCCGGCAGCUGGUUGCGUACCCGGUGCCGCCACGAUUUGCGCGGGCUCUUCUCGAGGUGCUGCAGCAACAGAAGGCGCGAUCCGCUGACGUGCAAGACAUGGUUGCUGCCAUCGUCGCAGUGGCCACGACGACGACCAACGUCUUUACAGGAGAGGGCAAUCAGCUCAAGGCGAGGAAGCUCAACGAGCUCGCUGACACUCCCACAGACCCUCGACAGGGGCGAAUUCGCUCCUUGCUGAACCCUGGAAGCGAUCUGGUCACUUACCUCAACGCAUUCUAUGCCUACCGCAGCGACCCGCGGCACAGCUGUGGCAUGUUCUGCUUGGUUCAGAAAAGCUUGCACGAGGCAAGGCUUCUAUACACCCAGCUCCGCAGCCAGAUGCGCCAGCACAACAAGGAGCAGGACGAGCUGGUCGACACCCUGGACGAAGGUGAGGUCACCAUGCACGAAAAGGGUGAGCAAAAGAUCGGGAGCCAUACCAGUGGUGGAUGCCCCUUGUCAAAGGACACGGAGCUGCUGCUGCGGCAGGUCUUCAUUCCAGGGCUCAUGGACCAAGUUGCGCGUCGCGCGACGGUGCACGAGUGCCGCUCACUCGCGGUGGAGUACAACGACAAGCGCGCUACCAAGGCACCAUAUCUGGUGCUGGGUGCAAACCGCACUAUUGCCCACAUUCACCCGACCAGUGCCGUUGCGCGCACGUUUCCGCCGCCGGAAUAUGUAACAUUUGGAUUUCUGCAGAAAGUGCGCCGCUCCGACACAAAAGAAGCACAGACCAUGAUGAUGGGCGUUACGGUGGUGAUGCCGGAGUGGCUGCGCGCCUACGGCUUCGAGGAGUAG